AUGGCUGCGAGCAAGGCGCCGAUCGGCACCCUGCACUACAUCGAGAAGACGGUCUACAAGGCGCAGAAGGCGCUGGUGGCAGCAAAGUUCAAUGGCCUCGUCGUGGCGGAGAAGAAGCGCCGCUGCCCACCAGCAUGCCAUCCGAGGCCGCUUCCGUGCGCGCGCACGCGCCAGCAGGUCCCGUUCCUCGAGACCGAGGCGGGCGUGAUUUUCACCAGCAACUCCAUCGCCAGGUACGUCGCGAGGGUCCGCGCCGACACCGCCCUGUACGGCAAGUGCUUCAACGACGAGGGCGCGAUCGAUACCUGGCUGGAGUUCUGCACCCACGAGGUGGAGGUGCCGCUGAUGUCGUGGGUGUACCCCACGCUGGGCCUGAUGGAGGACGCCCCGCAGGUGACUGCGCUCGCGAAGAAGGACGUCAAGAAGGCCCUGGAGACACUGGAGUCCGCCCUGAAGGGCUCGGAUUACCUCCUCGGGGACUUCGUCUGCCUUGCGGACAUCGCGCUGGUCUGCGCGCUCAAGGAGGGCUUCGUUCGCGUGUUCGACCCCGCCUUCCGGAAGCCUUUCCCGAAGGCGUGCGCCUGGUUUUCGAAGUGCUGCAAGCUGCCCCAGUUCGCCGCCGUCCUCGGCGACGUCAAGCUAUGCGAGCAGGAGGCCAAGCCGAUCAAGUGCGAGGUGCCCGCCGUCCCCGCCAAGGCGAAGAAGGAGGAGAAGCCCGCCGCCAAGAAGGAGGAGAAGCCCGCCGCCAAGCAGGCGGCCAAGGCCACGGCGAAGCCGGCGGCGGCGCCCGCGGCGGCCGCCGUGCCGGCGGGAGACGUGGACGCGCAGGUCAAG